AUGAUUCAACCAAGCUUACAUGCAGCAUCUAAAUGGAUCAUCCGAAAUACAAUAAUCAGUAAUGAGAGUCUUACUCCUGAAUUCAAUCUCCGUCUCAUCACAAUUGCUAGCCCUCUGUGGAUGAGUACUCCUGAUUCUUGCCCGCUUCCUGAUCCAUAUUGGGCAUUUUAUUGGCCUGGAGGACAAGGACUUUCUAGAUAUAUUCUGGAUAAUAAAAGUUUAAUCCACAAUUCGAAAAUUUUGGAUUUUGGAGCGGGAUGUGGUUCUGCUUCAAUGGCAGCUGUAGUUUCUGGAGCUUCAAAGAUUCUGGCUAAUGAUAUCGAUAAAUAUGCUCUCGUAUCUACAAAACUAAACUUCCAUUUGAAUAAUCUAAAGGACUCAAAGAUUCAAUAUUCAGCCAAGAAUUUUCUAGACGAGCAAAAUCGAAAUUUAUCUGUUGAAUACUUCAACGAUUCAGAAGACCAGAAUAAAUACAUUCUUCUGGGUGACAUGUUUUAUGAUUCGGAUUUCGCCGAACUUCUUUUCAAAUGUUUGAAAAGAAUCCAAGAUAAACACGGAACUCGAGUUCUUGUUGGAGAUCCGGAUCGUCAUCCAUUGGUGGAAUCUGAUUAUUUGAAAAGAUAUAAAACGAAAUUCACAAAAGUCCAACUUGCUGAAUACUCUCUUCCUGGAUACGUCAUCAAAGAACAUUAUGGCUUUAAUACUGCUAAAGUCUUCGAAUUGAAGUUUCACUGA